AUGGCCCGGCAAGACACCGAGCGGGAUGCUGGACCCGAAGGCCAGGCCGCCGAGUUCGACGUCGAGUUCCUCGGCCGCCAGCGCCCGGCCGUCUUCAAAUCGCAGUGGGCCGAACUGGGCUUCUGCUUCUCCCUCCUGGGAUCCAUGCUCAUGGCGGAGUACUUCGUCAGCGGCUUCCACAUCAUCCUGCCGCCGCUCGCCUCUGAGCUCGACAUCCCCGCUGCGUCCCAGACGUGGCCGUCGAGCGUCUUCUCCCUCGUCACCGGCGCCUUCCUGCUGCCGCUCGGCCGGCUGGGCGACAUGUACGGCGGCUAUCUGACCUUCAACAUCGGCCUCGCCUGGUUCCUGGUCUGGUGCCUCGUCGCCGGCUUCAGCACAAACUACCUCAUGCUCAUCUUCUGCCGCGCCCUCCAGGGCCUCGGCUCCGCCGCCUACCUGCCCGCCGGCAUCAUGCUCCUCGGCAAGAUCUACCGGCCGGGCCCGCGCAAGAACCUCGUCUUUGCGCUGUACGGCGCCUUCGCCCCCAUCGGUUUCUUCUUCGGCAUCCUCGUCGGCGGCCUCUCGGGCCAGUUCCUCAGCUGGCGUUGGUACUUCUGGCUCGGCAGUAUCGUCCUCGGCGCCGUCACCGCCGUGUCCUUCCUGACCAUCCCGUUCGACUGCCGCGACAAGCGCCGCGAGAUGAGCAUGGACUGGUGGGGCGUCGCCACCAUCGUUCCCGGCCUCCUGCUCGUCGUCUACGCCAUCACCGACAGCUCCCACGCGCCGAGCGGGUGGGCGAGCCCGCAGAUCCUCGUCACCCUGCUCCUCGGCGUCGCCUUCCUCGGCGCCGCCUGGUACGUCGAGAGCCGCGUCGCCACGGAGCCCCUGCUGCCCGGCGACCUGUUCGCCCCCAAGUCGAUGAAGACCCUGGUGGCCGCCCUCUUCUUCGCCUACGGCACCUUCGGCCUCUUCCUCUUCUACUCGAGCUUCUACAUCGAGACGGUCCUGCACGUGUCGCCGCUGCUGACAGCAUUGUGGUACCUGCCCCUCAUCGUCGGCGGCUUCAUCAUCGGCACCGUCGGCGGCUUCACGCUGCACCUGCUGCCCGGCCGCGUGCUGCUCGCCAUCUCGGGCGUCGGCAACGUCAUGAGCGUGCUGCUCUUCGCCAUCACCCCCGAGAACCCAAACUACUGGGCUUACGUCUUCCCUGCCAUGGUCUGCGGCACGAUCGGCAUCGACAUCACCUACACGGUCAGCAACGUCUUCAUCACGACCAACCUGCCCGCCCACAGGCAGGGCCUCGCGGGCGCCCUCAUCAACAGCCUCCUGUUUCUGGGCAUCAGCUUCUUCCUCGGCAUCGGCGACGUCGUCGUCGGGGGCACGCGCCACCUCGGUACGCGCGGGAGCUACCACGCUGCCUUCUGGCUGGCCACCGGCGUCGCGGCCGUCGGCUUGCUGCUUUACGUCUUCGUCCGCAUUGGGUCCGCAAAGAGCGACCUCACGGUGGAAGAGCGCGAGCAGCUCAACACAGAAGCUCAACGACAAGGACAGGCAGUGCCGGAUUCCGAGAAGAGCACGCACGGCGCCGGCGCCCAGGACACGUCGGCAACGGUGACUGACACUGAGGGGGAAAAAUCAAAGCCAUCAGCACCAGAGGGACAGGUCCAGGGGAGAUGA